AUGGAAGAAGCGCUGUCAAAAACAGAAAAUGGUGAAGCUUGGAAAAAUGGGGCUUUACACGCAAUCAUGAAAAUGAUAUUAAAUCCAACAGAGACACAGCGCAACCACAGAUCGUACCUCAAUUCUUGGCAAAGAUACAAGACGUUUGAGGAAGGGCUGAAAAAAGAAAGUGGUAGAAAUGUUGAACUUCUCCUCUCUGGCAGCAUGGCUGAAUGUCUGUUUGCACAGCACUGGGUCUACAAGGAUGGUAGAAGGGAAGCUUUAAAUGAUAUUGACAUUAUGCUUGUGGAUUGUUCGAUGACAAUUGUAGAAAGAAGCGAAUUGGUCCAAUUGGAGUGUUCAGGGGUCGUUGAUAAAGACCAAGACUCUCAGACAGCCGCAGUCAUAAAGAUGAAUUCAUGUUAUUCCACAGCUAAAUGCUGCAGACAAGAACAACUAAAACCCUUGGACACUCCAACGCCUGCUAGCACUCCUCCAUCACAAAAGGGGUAGUUUCGAAAACGAAGCACUCGAAAACGAAGACCGAAGCACGAAGCACCCAAAACUCGAAAACGAAGCACCCAAAUCUCGAAAACGAAGCACCCUAGAUCGAAAACGAAGCACCCUAAAUCUCGAAAACGAAGCACCCUAAACCUUCGAAAACGAAGCACCCAAAACUCGAAAACGAAGCACCCUAGAUCGAAAACGAAGCACCAAAUCUCGAAAACGAAGCACCCUAGAUCGAAAACGAAGACCCCAAAAUCUCGAAAACGAAGCACUCAAAUCUCGAAAACGAAGUACCCAAAACUCGAAACCACUGUAGGCUGUACGUCUUGCAUGACGCAAUCCGAAUCAGGUGGAGGCAGCGGAUGCGUCCGCACCUCCAAAGGUCCACAAAAUCCACCCCAAGGUUUUAUAAGAGCCUGCCAACUGUUUAACUGAACGUUUCUAGAUGGGAUAUAGUGUAUUAAUUUUAUUAUUGGUCUCGCUAUACUUGAUACAUCUUACCUUAAUAUGCGUUUUUUCGGUACACAUGCAUGUUUAUGUAGACUUGAAAAACUGUCCGUCAGCAGAUUUUGGCGUAUUCAAGUACGCGUGAGCAGUAACACAAAAGGUCUGAAACGAGGCUGGAAACGGAGUGUGAGGCUCGCGCGUAUUACUCUUACGCCACGCUUUACCGACUUCUUUACUGAUUUUGAGAAAAAAACCGACUGUUUUGCAGUCUACCAUAUCGGAUAUUUUUGACACUGCGUGAUCAGAUCAGAUCAGAUCCAGGCAGAAUUUUUUCUAGGGUAAUAGCCUGGGAUCAGGCUCUAUGGUGGGGAACAGGAGAAUUUUGAAAUAAAAGGAGCGAAUAAAAAAAGGAGAGUUAAGCUACUGAGAAGGAGGUCGGUGGGGCGAAGCCUGAAGAUAUGCUUUUUAUGCCACCGAUCCACCCUUAACUACACUAAUUUGCAAAUGGCCUUUAACGAGGAAUGGAAUAGAAAACGCUCAUCAUUUUGUACGGGGAUACUUGCAAUACAGUAAUACGGCAAUACAGUAAUAUUCUAGAAAUAGUUUGGGCGUUCUCAGUUUUCUGAUCACGUCCAAAACAUAGCCUCCCACCGGGCCUCCCACGCAGCGGCGGAAAUGCAUUUACAACUUGAGUAGAUUUCAACUGCAUUCGAUUCGUUAUCCAAUACUCGUUAUCGCGCUUGAUUUCUGCUGUAUUUACAUUGAGCUCGUGUUUAUAAAGGACAGACCGGUUUCGAGUUUUUGGGUGCUUCGUUUUCGAGUUUUGGGUGCUUCGUUUUCGAGUUUUGGGUGCUUCGUUUUCGAUCUAGGGUGCUUCGUUUUCGAAUUUUGGGUGCUUCGUUUUCGAGAUUUAGGGUGCUUCCUUUUCGAGAUUUAGGGUGCUUCGUUUUCGAUCUAGGGUGCUUCGUUUUCGAGAUUUGGGUGCUUCGUUUUCGAGUUUUGGGUGCUUCGUGCUUCGGUCUUCGUUUUCGAGUGCUUCGUUUUCGAAACUACCUCACAAAAGGAGCUCUUUCUUGAGCCAACUAAUCACGCUGGCUAUGCUCAACUGUAUGAACUUAGUGUGGAGGGCAAGCCUGUUUUCCUAUCAGUGGAAAGUUUCAAGGGGUUCUGGUCUGGGAUUGUUAACAAAACUGCUUUAUAUUCCCUGGUCACAAGUGGUCCACAGCUUCCAUCAGGCGGGGCUGUUGUGAGUGGCCCUGCCCUAAACAGACGGGAUCGCCCAAACAGAAGGAAUAACUACGCUCAUGAUUAUGUUCCAUGUUUGCAUUGUCCUAAAUGGCCAACAAUGGCAAAUAAAUGGUCUGAAAGGAAAAGAACAGUUGAAUGGCCUGGUGAAAGGUUAAUUUCUGAUAUCAUGAGCGAUGGUUGUCAUGUUGUUCCUGUAUCUCACCACAAUAAUGACAAUAAGUCAUACCAUACUGAGUGGAGGCUAUCUUUUUCUGGUGCAGAGAAAAGGCUUGUGAACUCUUUGUCAAUGGAGCAACGUCAAAGUUACAUUAUUGCAAAGUUAAUUAUGAAACAAGUAAUCAAGGAAAUUCAGGAAAGGCCCUCUCAACCUCCUCUUGACAAAACUCCAUCUUCUUAUCAUUUGAAAACAAUCCUAUUAUGGAAAUGUGAGGAAAAGCUCUUAGAAGAGUGGAACAACCUUCUAAAUUCAGCAGUAGGUUUGCUGAAAACCUUUGAAGAUCAUUUGAGAAAAGGUAACAUCCCAAACUACUUUAUACCUGAGAACAACAUGAUCAGUCACAUAAAACAUUACGAGCUUGUUUCAGUGGCAGAUGGAAUAGCAACAUCCCUGGAUGAUCUUCCCAAAACAUUGCACCAUGUUUUUCUUAGUGCUUAUAAUACUGUACUGGACUAUGAUCAUGAUUACAGUCCAGUGUUAAGACUUGUUGAUUAUCAGUUAAAGCUUUUUUGUCACACUGGCAAGGCAGGAGAUAAAUUCUAUCUCCUCUAUAUCCUGAAUUUAUUGGUGGACUCACUGUCUGCGACAAUUACAGGAAUAUGGGACGAUCUACAACCUCUGAAGGACUACAAGCAUAUUUUAAACAUUUAUUGUAGUCAUUGUAAUGUACAGGCUGGACAUGUAACACUUCCACGACCCCCAGAUUUGAGUGCUGAAGAGUCUAGCAAAACCAUGAUGAUUCUCCUCCAAUAUCUGUACACUUUAUUGCAAGACAAUCACAUUCUGAAUCAUCUGCAAACUGACAUCUUUGCGGUCAUGUCAAGAAUCUUAACGCGAACUCUUCCUUCAUUGUCUUUAAGUGAAGGAACAGAAGAAUUGUUUGGUCAAUGUUGCAAAGAAAGCCUGAACAUAUUUCAGACUGUUUGUAAGAAACUUGGAAUAGACCACAGUUCAGACGUUUCAUGCCAUGAUGAAUUAACUGUACUUUCUGGUAUCAGGUUCAUUUUCGUUAAGAACCCAGAGUUUGCUGAAUUGCAGACCUUUGAGUUUGCCACCCAAAGAUUAAAAAAGUUCAAAGAAGGGGGUCAGUUGGAAACUGUAAGACAUCUGCAGUGGUAA